GGGACAGGCCAACGCCCACGGUCGACUGAGGAGCUCAUAGCGACACGGCUCAACAGAUCGAUCAGUCUUGUCUAUCGUGAGCCAUGCUAGCAAAGUUGCUUCCAAACGCGACGGAGCGUGGGCACUCCAGCAGCUUGCAGAUAAUUGUGGUGCCUGCGAUUGGCUUAGCCCAUCCUUCCGAGUGGGUAGACCUUACGGGCUCGUGGCUCCAGAGGCUGCUGGAGGAAGUCGUGCCUGAGGCAGAUAUCUGGGAGUACAAGUAUGGGGCAGAUGUGCAACAAGGGAGUUUCUCUCAGAAUGUGCCAGGCGAAGGCACCAGGCUCCUCGAAGCUUUGCAUGAUCACAGCGGGAAGAAAGAGUAUCGGGAACUGCCUCUGAUCUUGAUCGCUCAUGGAACUGGAGGAUUUGUAGUGAAGAAGGCAAUACGACUUUCCUCCGACGGACAACACGCUGAGCCCAUAAUGGAUGUAAUAUUCGGAGUCAUCUUUCUGGGGGUGCCUCAUUUUCCGAAGGCAACCAACGACACAGAGCAAGCAAGAGGAACGCUUGAUCAGCUCUUAAGAUGCCAGUACAAGGGCAUCAAGCGAACUCUGUCAACUGUGCCCGAUAUCAAAAAGAUGAUGGAGAUCUGCCAUGACUUCGAGCUUGUUCAACCUCCAAACCCUCGAUUUCAAGUCAUAUCCGCCUACGAGAGUAGGGAAACAUCGACACGCCAGAAAAUGUUCUCCAGACUCCUGGGAAAGGGGAAUAACCCGGUCAUUACUCCUCGAGAGCUUUGCGAGAUAGGACUAGGAGGGGAUCACGAAAAGAUCGUUGAUGGAGAAGCCGAUCAUUUCGAUAUCUGCAAAGUUCGCAUAGGCGGUCCGGUAUACAAGAAAAUCGUUGCCCUCAUGGAGGAAGUAACGCGGACCGCACCUGGGAUCAUUAGUGAUCGAUUCAGUCGAUACAUGCCUCCAGCUGCUUUGGACGCUGGAACAUUAGCCACCGAAAGCACGGCAGACAUGGAUGAACUCAGGUCUAUGACUCAAUUCCUCGAACUUUCCUCUCAAAGCGCGACUCUUCCCGUCUCGUCACCACUUGGAGCAACCGGCGGGUCCACCACCGGAGACUUUGAGAUCAUUCCAUCACUCGAGCCGCUAGAGAUGAGUAGCCGGAAUCCAACCCUGCCUUGCCAGUUUUUCGGACCCCAUCAAAGGAUUGAGCCCUUUUUUGGAAGAGAUGAUACCCUGAAGCAGAUCGACGACUAUCUCCUCCCGCCUGUGGAUCCUACCGUGGCACAAGAGGCUGAGCAAGAUCCAGAACAGCUCCGCUCGUUUGCUAUAUGCGGGCUUGGGGGAAUGGGAAAGACUGCACUCGCGUUGGAGUACGCCUGGACUCGUAGGGAACACUUUGAGGCCAUUUUCUGGCUGACUGCCGAUAAAGACGAGAUCCUUGCUGCGGAAUUUGCACGAAUCGCUUAUCGACUGGGCCUCGAAGAUGAAAGUGGGGAUAUCGCGGCGAGUUGCGGUGUUGUGCACGGCUGGCUGACAAACCCCAUGCGUAACACCGCAGAGCCUGAUUCCCCGGAGAACAAAGUAAACUGGUUGAUUAUAUUCGACAACGUGGACAAUGCCGACGUUCUCCCAGAUUACUGGCCCAAAACAGGACGAGGUUCUGUACUUGUGACCAGCCGAGAUCCAUGGGCCAGGCAUAACGACUUCAUCCAGAAUGGCGUUGAUCUCCCUCCACUUAGCACUACAGAAUCCGCAGCAAUGAUGCAGCGACUCACGCAUGUCUCUGCUGGGGGAUCUCAGCAGGGAGCACUCCUGGCUAUUGCGGAGAGGUUGGGGGGCUUGCCACUCGCUAUAAAUCAGAUGUCCGGCGUAUUCAGACAGCGCAAACUGACUUACACACUCCUGCUCAGAUUCUACAAUGAAGAGGGGAUUGAGUGUCUCCAAGAAGGCUCGCAAGGUUCAUCUUCAGACUCCCACAAUGUUCAUUCACUCGCAACGUUGUGGGCUCUGGAUAGACUCUCUCCACAGACUCGGGCUCUGUUGGAAGUAGUUUGCUUGUUAGACCCGGACAACAUCCCUGAGGAGCUCCUGACGGUAGAAGAUCCCGGCAAGAUGGAACUGGAAGAAUACCCGAAAACGCUGAAUCAAUACCUCAACGCACGGAAGGAACUCAUAUCAUCGUCUUUGAUCACGUCGAACGAAGAAAGUGGGAAGAUCUCAUUGCAUCGACUCAUUCAGGAGACGGCGAAGCGUCGGAUGAGCAAAGAUCAUCUGAUCAAAGCUCUCCGGACGGCGCUUCGAUUACUUGUGUCCGUGUGGCCCUUUCAGUCGAUGGUCGAGCAUCACUUUACGGCAAGAUUUGGAAAGUGCGAGCUGUUAUUUCCUAGUUUACUGCGUCUGAAAGACGGGAUAGAGCCGCUCAUUCGAGGGCCUAGUGCAUGGUGCCCUGACAUCCAAGUCGCUCACUUGCUCAACGACGCUGGUUGGUAUAUGUUCGAAAGAGGACUCAUCGAAGAAUUGAAGCCGUUCUGCAGCCUAGCCCUCGUCGUAGGCGAACGCUCUGAAGACUCCUCCGACGAAGAGAUCUCGCGCGCAAUCCGGGAUAGCCACUCGUACCUCGGUAUAGCCACUGCAGAGACGAAUGAGCACCAAUUGAGUAUGUAUCACAAGAGGAAAUGGUUGGAUAUGCUACUUGAGAGAGAAGUAGCGCCAGGCAUUCCACUUGAAGAUUACGAGCUCGGCUAUGCAUACAACGAGAUAGGCGUGGCAUACGCCAACAACCAUCUGCUUGACGAAGCUGCAGAAGCGUUUCAACGCUCAAUCGAGAUAUUUCACAGCCUACCGGAAUUCGAGGAAACAAUGCUCGGCUGGCCAGAGCCCAACCUUGGUUUCAUCUACUGGUUACAAGGGAAGUACGAGGAUGCGGAGAAAGCGCUUGUCGAGAUUCUGGACAUACAUGCAAGCGCCUGGGGGGUCGAUGACACCAAGUCAUUCAAGACCGGGAAAAUUCUGUACGCCAUGGGAAAUGUCCUCGAGGCUCAAGGAAGGCUCAACGAGAGCUUCAACUUCCACACGCGCUGUCUAGAGCAGUACAAGGUAACCCUUGGCGUGAAUCAUCAUCGGAUGGGUGACGUAUGCCACAGGAUGGCGCGUCACUUCAUGCGGCAGGGCCUGUACAAGGAGGCUGACGAGUAUAUUAAUAAGGCGUUGAAGACUUUUUCCUCGCGCCCAUACCUCAAGAAUGAACUGGCCAGGACGAUGUUUUUGCGAGGGAAUUUACUUCGCGCACUUGGGGAUGAGCGGCAGGCGCAAAGGACUUUGAUGCAGGCUUGUGGCUACCGUAAAAAGCUCCUGCCGCACGAUAUUCGAAAGUUGCACGAACUGGGAGAAAAGGACUUCGACUUGCUUGUUGCCUUCUGGUCUCGGUAAUGUGGUCAUAAAACAGGGAAUUCGCAGCUCCUGUCUCCCAAGGUCUGUAACGAACGUAUGACAAGUGAAAUGAGAG